UUGAUAUCAGAACGUAGGCCUAACGGGAGGGUCUGUCAGAUACGGGUGGACGAAAGGAUUGCACUGAAGAUCUGUUCUCAAAAAGAAGACCGGGAUACAAGGGGAUACUAGCUAUAGUUUACAGAUUUCAGAUGGAGGCUUAUAAGGGACCCUGGUGCGUCCUUGUGAUUUUAGCAGUUAUACUACAAAAUGCAACCCGAACUACAGUUGUAGGUCAACCUGUUAUGUUGGGGUUUCCAGUUGUCCAGAGGCCCCUUUACUACACAGACACCCUCGGUCUGUCUACAGCCCUCAUCAACCAUGUCAAUGAACUCCCCAGUAACUUUAUCCUGACUGCCGUCCAUGUCUACAUCCAUCAGAAUUUCAGACAGCCAUCCCUUGGUAACAUCCUUCUGUGGGAGAGAAUAUCCGCCUUCAGGUACAGACUGCUGUUCAAACAAAGAGCCACCUUCCCAGGAACUCAAGGCAGGCAUACGAUUGUCAUCAACAAUGCUCCGACAACUGGUGCUGGAAUUUUCCUAGGCUGGAGCACAGAUGUGGCCUAUAUACCAAUGAGCUUUAGCUACUCUCCCACACCAAACAACGGUACACUGUUGACCUAUGCUAAUGACGGUACACUGGCAGUGGGCUCACAGCUAGAAUUCUUCAUCAAACCCUUUUUCUUCUCUGUCCAGGCAGAUUUAGAACCAUUUGUACCUACAACGACUGCUGGUCCUACAACUGCACCUAAUAUCUCAACACAGGUGACAACAACACAGGUAACCACAACACAAGUGACAACACCGGUAACCACAACACCAGUGACGACACCCCAUGUAGCCACAACACAGAUAGUAACCACAGCACAGGUGACAAUACCAACAAUUACCCAAGGAAACACAGGAGCCACAGGACUGACAGGAAGUACUGGGCCACAAGGAAUAACGGGAGCCUUAGGAUUAACAGGAAGUACUGGUCCACAAGGAAUAACGGGAGCCUUAGGAUUAACAGGAAGUACUGGGCCACAAGGAAUAACAGGACCCUUAGGUUUAACAGGAAGUACUGGGCCACAGGGAAAUACUGGAGCCAUAGGAUUAACAGGAAGUACUGGGCCACAGGGAAACACUGGAGCCUUAGGAUUAAUAGGAAGUACUGGACCAGUAGGACCCACAGGUGUUGCUGGAAAAACAGGACAACAGGGAAACACAGGAGCUAUAGGUUUGACAGGAAGUACUGGACCAAUAGGACCUACAGGUGUUGUUGGUAAUACAGGACCACAGGGAAACACUGGAGCCUUAGGAUUAACAGGAAGUACUGGACCAGUAGGACCAACAGGUGUUGUUGGGAAUACAGGACCACAGGGAAACACAGGAGCUAUAGGUUUGACAGGAAGUACUGGACCAAUAGGACCUACAGGUUUUACUGGGAAUACAGGACCACAGGGAAACACAGGAGCUAUAGGUUUGACAGGAAGGACUGGGCCAAUAGGACCUACAGGUGUUGUUGGUAAUACAGGAUCCACAGGUGUUGUUGGUAAUACAGGACCACAGGGAAACACAGGAGCCUUAGGAUUAACAGGAAGUACUGGACCAAUAGGACCUACAGGUGGUGUUGGUAAUACAGGACCACAGGGAAACACAGGAGCUAUAGGUUUGACCGGAGGUAUUGGACCAGUAGGACCCACAGGUGUUGUUGGUAAUACAGGACCACAGGGAAACACAGGAGCUAUAGGUUUGACAGGAAGUACUGGACCAAUAGGACCUACAGGUGUUGUUGGUAAUACAGGACCACAGGGAAACACAGGAGCUAUAGGUUUGACAGGAAGUACUGGACCAAUAGGACCUACAGGUGUUGUUGGUAAUACAGGACCACAGGGAAACACAGGAGCUAUAGGUUUGACAGGAAGUACUGGACCAAUAGGACCUACAGGUGUUGUUGGUAAUACAGGACCACAGGGAAACACAGGAGCUAUAGGUUUGACAGGAAGUACUGGACCAAUAGGACCUACAGGUGUUGUUGGUAAUACAGGACCACAGGGAAACACAGGAGCUAUAGGUUUGACAGGAAGUACUGGACCAAUAGGACCUACAGGUGUUGUUGGUAAUACAGGACCACAGGGAAACACAGGAGCUAUAGGUUUGACAGGAAGUACUGGACCAAUAGGACCUACAGGUGUUGUUGGUAAUACAGGACCACAGGGAAACACUGGAGCUAUAGGUUUGACAGGAAGUACUGGACCAAUAGGACCUACAGGUGUUGUUGGUAAUACAGGACCACAGGGAAACACAGGAGCUAUAGGUUUGACAGGAAGUACUGGACCAAUAGGACCUACAGGUGUUGUUGGUAAUACAGGACCACAGGGAAACACUGGAGCUAUAGGUUUGACAGGAAGUACUGGACCAAUAGGACCUACAGGUGUUGUUGGUAAUACAGGACCACAGGGAAACACAGGAGCUAUAGGUUUGACAGGAAGUACUGGACCAAUAGGACCUACAGGUGUUGUUGGUAAUACAGGACCACAGGGAAACACUGGAGCUAUAGGUUUGACAGGAAGUACUGGACCAAUAGGACCUACAGGUGUUGUUGGUAAUACAGGACCACAGGGAAACACAGGAGCUAUAGGUUUGACAGGAAGUACUGGACCAAUAGGACCUACAGGUGUUGUUGGUAAUACAGGACCACAGGGAAACACUGGAGCUAUAGGUUUGACAGGAAGUACUGGACCAAUAGGACCUACAGGUGUUGUUGGUAAUACAGGACCACAGGGAAACACAGGAGCUAUAGGUUUGACAGGAAGUACUGGACCAAUAGGACCUACAGGUGUUGUUGGUAAUACAGGACCACAGGGAAACACUGGAGCCUUAGGAUUAACAGGAAGUACUGGACCAAUAGGACCUACAGGUGUUGUUGGGAAUACAGGACCACAGGGAAACACAGGAGCUAUAGGUUUGACAGGAAGUACUGGACCAAUAGGACCUACAGGUGUUGUUGGUAAUACAGGACCACAGGGAAACACUGGAGCCUUAGGAUUAACAGGAAGUACUGGACCAAUAGGACCUACAGGUGUUGUUGGGAAUACAGGACCACAGGGAAACACAGGAGCUAUAGGUUUGACAGGAAGUACUGGACCAAUAGGACCUACAGGUGUUGUUGGUAAUACAGGACCACAGGGAAACACUGGAGCCUUAGGAUUAACAGGAAGUACUGGACCAAUAGGACCUACAGGUGUUGUUGGUAAUACAGGACCACAGGGAAACACAGGAGCUAUAGGUUUGACAGGAAGUACUGGACCAAUAGGACCUACAGGUGUUGUUGGUAAUACAGGACCACAGGGAAACACUGGAGCCUUAGGAUUAACAGGAAGUACUGGACCAAUAGGACCUACAGGUGUUGUUGGUAAUACAGGACCACAGGGAAACACAGGAGCUAAAGGUUUGACAGGAAGUACUGGACCAAUAGGACCUACAGGUGUUGUUGGUAAUACAGGACCACAGGGAAACACAGGAGCUAUAGGUUUGACAGGAAGUACUGGACCAAUAGGACCUACAGGUGUUGUUGGUAAUACAGGACCACAGGGAAACACAGGAGCUAUAGGUUUGACAGGAAGUACUGGACCAAUAGGACCUACAGGUGUUGUUGGUAAUACAGGACCACAGGGAAACACAGGAGCUAUAGGUUUGACAGGAAGUACUGGACCAAUAGGACCUACAGGUGUUGUUGGUAAUACAGGACCACAGGGAAACACAGGAGCUAUAGGUUUGACAGGAAGUACUGGACCAAUAGGACCUACAGGUGUUGUUGGUAAUACAGGACCACAGGGAAACACAGGAGCUAUAGGUUUGACAGGAAGUACUGGACCAAUAGGACCUACAGGUGUUGUUGGUAAUACAGGACCACAGGGAAACACAGGAGCUAUAGGUUUGACCGGAGGUAUUGGACCAGUAGGACCCACAGGUGUUGUUGGUAAUACAGGACCACAGGGAAACACAGGACCAAUAGGAUUGACAGGACAUACUGGCCCAAUAGGACCUACAGGUGUGGUAGGAAAUACGGGCCCACAGGGAAACACUGGACCAAUAGGAUGGACAGGAUAUUCUGGUCCAAUGGGACCUACAGGUUUUGUUGGGAAUACAGGACCACAAGGAAAUACUGGACCAAUAGGAUGGACAGGUCAUACUGGUCCAAUAGGACCGACAGGUGUAGUUGGGAAUACAGGUUUCGGAAGCACUGGACCAAUGGGACCACAGGGGUAUACUGGAGCUGUAGGUGAAACCGGUCCACAGCAUCCAGUCAUCAACCAUUGUCUGACCUCUAACAGAGGCAACUGUACCCAGCUAUGUGUGGACACAUUCGGGGCCUUUCAUUGUGGCUGCUUCUUCGGGUUCCGACUACAACAAGAUGGCGUCACCUGUUCGGACAUUGACGAAUGUAAUGAGUUGGGACCAUGUGAUCAGAUCUGUACCAACGUAGUAGGUUUUUAUCGGUGCAUUUGUAAUGCAGGAUUUACCCUCAACAUUGAUGGUCACACUUGUUCAGAUAUCAAUGAAUGUGAAAGUAGGGACAGUGUUUGUGGAGGACGAGUGGGCACACAGGUCUGCAUCAACACUUAUGGAUCUUAUCACUGCCUCAUGUUUGAGGGAGCAAGAGGAAAGCUCUUAAAACCGGACAAUGAGGCAUUUUUAGAUGACAUAGUUCCUGGCUUUAAGGAAAAGGAAGAACGGCUCAACACAAAAAGAUAUCAUGAAACUGUUCGACAGACCACACCCAACCCUGGGGCAGUGGAGGAGGAGUCUGGUCUGACCCGAGUCCAGAUGACAAUUUUGAUUGGAAGUUUAAUUGGUGUUGUGUUUGUUGCUGUAUUUAUUGGUUUUGUGAUUAUGGGAGUUAAGCUUAUUGCUCAGAAGAGGUACCGCCCAAGAUAUCUUCAACGUCCAAGCUCGCUGUAUUCAUCUGAAGGUUUGGGCCCGAAUUACGGCUUUUCUCGUGUGUCAGGGUCCCAGGGUUUAGGCUACCAGGAGUCUAUACCAGCACCAUGAACAUUUACAUGUGCUGAGAGUCUACACAUAACAUUGUAUCAUCAACAUCUGAAUGUAAUUAACCCUUUCACCCCUAUGUAACUUUAGUAAACUCUACCAUGCAUUGAUCUGGACGAGUCCAUUAUGGUCCACAGUGGUGAAAGGGUUGAUCAGUACCAUAAAUAUCUGAAUGGUCUUAAUAUAAGCACCAUAUGAAUCUUUCAACAUAUUUACCAAAGUCAUCAGCACAGUUGAAACUUAAAUGUACUUGUAUUAGAAAAAAACUGUCAUUUACUGACAGGAAAACUGCAGCCUUAACUGGAAUUAUUAUCAAAACUGGAACUUGAAUGAGCAAAUCUUGUUCUAAAAAUCAUAUCACUAUGGGGAAAAACAGAGGCUAUAAUGUUAGAUUCUAAGUUGAAUCGAAAUGCAUUGUAAAAGUAUAUGUUCCUGAAAUGUUUAACCAUGUGACAAUACAGUCCAUCACUGAACAUAUUGCUAGUCCUCUCAGGAACUCUUGACAUCUCUGACAUGGACAUUGUCCGAUGCUAUCGUUGAGGAGGAUACAUAAUGGUGUCUACAUGUGACAACAUCCUUAAUACUCCAGGGGUUACUCUCAGUUUCGCUCUCUGCACCCCUGGUAUAUGACGUCCUAGCAAAAUUGAAGGCUCAG